AUGAGACUUAAGCCCGAUCUUCCGAUAGGGAUUGGCCAAGGGAUUGUAUUCAGGGCAGAACAGAGGCCCGUCUCAUUGUAUUUCAGUCUAACACAACUCACCAUGACACUUUUGGUUUCUCUGCAAGCCCAGCCAUCAUCACAGCGGAAGGAGAGAGAUGACAGUGUGGACAACUACCUUAAGAUGGUGUUGGAAAACUUCGCUGAGGCCAUGAAGACGGGGAUUCCCAUCUUAGGCAUACCCGUUCUGGAUCCUUUGAACGUCGGGACUGUCGACAUUCCGAGUAUAGAGGGUCCUGAGUUCAGCCUCCAAGCUAACGCGUCUCAGCUCCUCAUCAGCGGCCUCUCCAGCUUCUCUCCGACGGCUGUGCAUGUUGAUUUCCAGCAAGCAUCGCUCACUCUCGGUCUUCACAUCGUCACUGUUCGGAUCGACGGUCUAUAUUGGGCUGACGGCCUCCUGUUGAGCGUCUUCCCCAUCUUCGGAAAUGGUCCUUUCUAUAUCCAGAUUGUUUCGACUGAUAUUAGCGGGCUGGGAGAUGUUACAGUCACUCCAGACGAUUACCUUCAGAUCGAGGACCUUCGGCUGGCGGCCACGUUCGACGGCCUCGACGUGCACUUCGACAACUUCUUGGGCGGAGGAUCUUUCGGGGAAAUCAUGAGUGACGUCCUUUCCGAUCUGGCGGAGCGCAUCCUGGCCGGGAUACUGCCACAAGUGCAAGAGAAGCUGGUACCAUCCCUCGUCGCUUAUCUGAACCAGGAACUUGGCAAGCAUACCGUUGGCGAAAUCAUUGACGGAAUUCUGCCGUAG